CACACCUCGCCAGCGCCGCGAAACAAGAGGGCCGGCCGCAAACAAUGUCUGCCAGCUACUUUUCAGAGCGCCCUACGCCAGUCUCCCAGGAUGGAUUUACGCCAGCUUCCCCGGCGCUGGGCACUCCGUCGCGGGGUGCAAAUGCCCUGUCCAGCAGAAUUACCAGCGUUCUUUCGGCGUCCUAUGCUGACCUCGAGAUUCGCGAUGCCUUGGAGACGCUUGAUGCUCGUGGGGUGCGGAACGUAGCGGAGACCAGGCGUCAGCUUCGGUUGGACGUCCAAAGGGAAGUGAUCCAGUGCAACGGCGGGAUUGUUAAGGACUUUGGCGCAAUUGCGGAGCAAUUGACACGCAUAGGCACCGCGAUCACCAGCCUAAACCAGUACUGCGCUGAGAUGCGUAGCCACAUUGCGGCUGCAACCCGCGAGACGGCGCCCGUCUUAGAAGAGGCAACUGGCCUCAUAAACCAGAGGAAACAGGUGGAGACUAAGCAGCAGAUCCUGAGUGCUUUCAAUUCGCACUUCCUCAUUUCAGACGAGGAGUCUACGAUUUUGACGUCGACCGCUGAGCCUGUAGACGAGGAGUUCUUCCAGACACUCACGCGAGCCAAGAAGAUCCAUCACGAUUGUCAGGUGCUGCUAGGGACGGAAGAUCAACGUCUGGGCCUCGAAGUGCUUGAGAAAAGCUCGAAGCAAAUCAAUGCUGCUUAUCAGAAGCUCUACCGGUGGAUACAGCGAGAAUUCAAGACGUUGGAUCUCGAGAAUCCUCAGAUCAAUGCAUCAAUCAGGCGUUCCUUGCGCGUUCUCGCUGAGCGCCCUGCCUUAUUCCAGAACUGCCUUGACUUUUUCGCGGAGGCACGGGAGAACAUUCUAUCAGAUGCAUUCUAUGCAGCCCUGACGGGAUCAACCUCGGAGACACAGAAUUUGGCGACGAAACCCAUCGAGUUCCACGCCCAUGAUCCCCUGCGUUACGUUGGCGAUAUGCUUGCUUGGGCUCACUCGGCCACGGUAUCAGAACGGGAGGCUCUAGAAGUGCUAUUCAUAUCCGACGGCGAUGAAAUCAAACGAUCUAUCCAGGCUGGCUUAGAGAGCGAACCGUGGCUGCGCACUGAGGGAGACGAGGAGGUGUUUGACGGAAAGAAGGCUUUGAAUCAGCUCGUCAGUCGGGACCUCACAGGCGUGGCUCGGUUACUCCGGCAGCGCACGGAGCAGGUCAUCCAGAGCCACGACGAUGCGACGCUAGCCUAUAAGAUUGCGAACCUCAUUGGCUUUUACAAGAACACGUUUGUCAAGCUGCUCGGAGCUGACUCGGAAGUGCUGGAGCUUUUCAGCACACUAGAAGGCUCAGCUAUGAGACAAUUCCGCGCCAACAUGAGAGAUUAUGUGGCAGCCGCUCAGAGCGACUUAGCCGUGGCGCCCACAGACCUGUCACCACCGGACUUCUUAGAGGAAGCGCUCCAAAUGUUGGAGGCACUUGCGAAGAGUUACGACACGUCUAUAGCAACGGUGGAUAGCCAGGAGGACGGCUUUCAGUCAGUCCUCGCAGAGACCCUAGAUCCUUUCCUUGGCGGUUGCGAAAACCUAUACAAAGGGCUGCAGGCACCCAACAGUGAUGUCUUUGCCAUCAACUGUCUCCUGGCAGCGAAAGCAGUGCUGUCGCCAUAUUCAUUCGCAAGCGACCGUAUCAUCGAGAUGGGCGACACGAUAGGCGAACAUGCCGCAAAGCUGAUCGAGUAUCAGCACCAGUACUUCACUCGUACUUCCGGGUUGAACAACCUCCUUGAAGCUCUUUCGGUCAUCACGGAUUCUUCAGAGAGUCUGAAGACGAUCCCGGAGCUAGACACUUUCAAACCUGAAGCGUUGAUAGCGGCAAGCCAGCAGCUGGACGAGUUCCUACCUUCAGCGCUCAUCGAUGCCGCGGAGAAUCUCAAGCGGUUGCGAAACAGAAAGAUGGUACAAGAUAUCACCGAAGAAGCAGCGGGAAGGUUUUGUGAAGAUUUUGAAUUCGUGGAGAGCAAGAUACUUGCGGCAGAUAACUUGCUCUAUAACGAUGAGCCGGAGGAGGAGGAACCGGCGCCGGGACUGAGGGACCUGUUCCCGCGCACCAGUGGAGAGAUUCGUGUGCUAUUGAGCUAAAGUGAAGCCGGAAGACUGCCACCCAUCUCAUGCUGGCCUCGCAAAAUAGAAAGUCCACGACACCCACUCUAUGCACUUCCGUGCAUACCCUUGUCUUCAAUGAUUUGCAACUGCUUCGAGCAUACCGUGAUGCAUUCCCACAUGUAGGACGUCAAGGUCGAACAUAGCAAGUCGGAAGUCGAGCACUCAAGUCUGAGGCUUCUUCUUC